UGUGACGUCAGGAGAGAAACGUCCAGUCGUUUUUUUCAGGUUGGCAUGGAUUUUAGAUGAUAAACAAAACUCUCAGGGUUGAAUUGAUCUCGUUUUUCUUUACCUGAAGUAUUUUUUGCGUUUCUUUUACAUUUGUUUUGUCUCCUGUAAAUGUGUAAUGGUAGUGAACGCCUGUAACACAGUGAAGCUAAGUUAGCCAACAAUAGCUAAUUAGCACGGCUAAAGGAGUUGCUGCCUGCUGCCUUGCUUUUAGGAAAUGUCCAACAGCGUAUUUGAAGAAAAUGAAGAGAAAAGUUGCUCGUUUAAGACUCAGUCCUAACGAAGAGGCGAGGAUAAUACGAGAGGAACAUGAAAGGAGGAGGAAACUGCGCAUACAGCAGGUGCGGGAGCAACAGCGAGACAUCGCACUGCAGAUCCGCAGAGAGGUUGAGCAGAGACGGCAGCGUGAGCUGGAGAAGCUGGAGGAGGAGCUGAGGGCAGACUGGGAACGACAGCAGAGAGAGAAACUAAACGCACUGCAGAAAUUGUACGAGGAGAGCCUCCAGCUUCUCGGUCAGGGGCACAGGAGUGCUAAAGAAAAUGAACCUGACCUGGCAGCCAUAGCUCAGAGGGAGGCGGAGAACCACACCAAAGCAGAGGAGCGUUAUCGAGAGGCAUUGAAGGAGCUCAAAUCCCAGAAGCUUAAAGACCAUGAGAAACAGACCCAAUCUAUCAAUGCCAGAAAGAAGGCCUUACUGAGAGAGAGGGAAAGAGCAGCAAAGGUGGCGAGUCUCCCUCCGCCUCCCCCGAACCCCAUCCAGAACAUGGAAUACAAGACGCUACACGUAGUGAAGAAAUCUGAUGUGAGUGCCUUUGCUGCCACACAUUACCACAUGUCUGGGAGAACAGUGGACAGAGAGGUAGACGUGGAGCAGCCUGAUGCUCAUGAGGGAGCUGAGCUGGAGGCGAGGAGGCUGCAGGAGUUACAGAGGGAGGAGAAGCGGAGGAGAGAGGAGCAGCUGGAGAAGGCUCGUCUCAGAGGGAAGCAGGCUCUAAAGAGGGAACAUCUUGUGCAGGAUCGCGAGCGGCUUCUUGUUGAGCUGGAGCACAUGCAGCAGACAGACCUGCUGAGGAGGAGACAGCAGGUGUCACAGAUGCCUGCUCAGAUCUUUCAGCCUCUCUAUAAGAGACAGGAAACGAGAGAGGACUUCCAGAGGGAGAUGGAGUUUGCCUUUGAGGACAUGUACACCGGAGAGAGGAGGGUUAAAGGGGACCUGGUGGUCCAGCUGGUACCAGAGCCUCUGCCAGCUCUGUCCACAGGCAGCCAGGACCGAGAGCUGGACGUCACAGUGGAUGAAGACGCCACACCGAGAACAGAAAACACACAGCAUGACACUGAGCAAGAAACUGGGAGCGCCGAGAUGGAAACAUCUGCUCCAGUGGGGCCCUCCAGACCUGCUCCUCGAAAGGCGUUGAAGAAACUCCUGGAUCGCAUCAGGACUCAGAGGAACCACUGGGCUGAAAGCAACAGUGAUGUCCCUGCAGCCGAUUCACCGACCGGCAUCUCUGCUCAGAUCCCAGAGCGAGACACGACCAUCGACACAGGUUCUCUGACCAGCGAGGAGAAAGAGCAACAACCACCAACAGCACCCGCAGCGAUGGAGACGACAGAGCUGUCCGCUGCAGCAGAAACUCUACAUCCUGAUUUUGCCAACAGAAUCCAAGAAUUUGAAGAAGAACGGAAGAAAAGGGAAGAGGAGCUGGAGAGGGAGAAGCAGCAGCAGGUGGUUUUGCUUCAGGAACUGGAAACGCAGAAGGCCAAACUGGAGCAGAUGCUGCUCGAAGCCCGGCAGGAGAGAGAACACCUGAAGGCUGCUGUGACUCAGGAAGUGCCUGUUAUUAAACCACCUGAAGUACCUGUUCAUGACCAGGAGAUCUCCUCCGUCAGCUCUGGAUCAGCCACUGAGCUCGUGCCUCCUCCCGGUGAAGACGAACACACCAGGAGGAUUCGAGAGUAUCAGCAGCGGCUGUUGGAACAAAACAGAGUUCACCAGAGGUCAGUGGAAGUUGCUCGUCAGCGCCUGGAGGAAUACCAGCGAGCUCUACAGAUUCGUUACAACAUGACGGCCACAAAGAUGCCGCCUGCUGUCGUCCCUGCCGGCCUCAUCCCCCCUCCUCUGCAGAAUACUCAGCCUGCGCAUCCUCCAGCUCCUCUGCCACUCUUUACACCUCCAUCAGUGCCUGUAUACAUCCACACAAAACCACAACCUUUUGUCGAAGUUCCAACUAGAGAGUCUGACAUGUCGGCUUCCCCUCCACAUCUUCCCAGCUCCAGUUUGAGGGUUUGCUCCAGGUUGCAGGCAGCUGAAGCAGAAUCUCUUUCAAACAGUCUUAGGAGCCAGAGACCAGACGCCUCUGCCUGGCUGACUGAAAACAUCAUGGAGAGAGUGACGGGGCACCUUCCAGACAGAGUGAGACCCUCCUCAGCCACCAAAGAGCCUCACAAGCUGAUCACAACACGUCACUCAGCCAGCGUCCCGCUACUGCCAACCUCUGAUCCCAUCAGAGCUCUUAGCCCGAGCAUCACAGGCACGACACCUCUGCUUCAGAGCCGUGCAGUGUUACAGCCUGUGACCUCCUCACAUGACUCCCUUCACACUGGGUCCCUGAGCCCCAGAGACGAAGACAUGGAAAGGCAGAGACGAGAGCUGCAGGAGGUCCAGAGACGGGUGCAGGAGCAGAGGGAGGCGGUGGUGCUGCAGCAGAGACAACAAGAAGAGGAGAGGCAGAGACGAGAGCUGCAGGAGGUCCAGAGACGGUUGCAGGAGCAGAGGGAGGUGAUGGUGCUGCAGCAGAGACGACAAGAAGAAGAGGAGGAGAAGCAGAGACGAGAGCUGCAGGAGGUCCAGAGACGGGUGCAGGAGCAGAGAGAGGCGGUGGUGCUGCAGCAGAGACAACAAGAGGAGGAGAGGCAGAGACAGGAGGUGGAGAUGACUCAUAUAAGGCGACAGAAGGAGACGUUACAGGCUCUGAUCCAAACUGAUGCACCAUCGGCUCCUGAAGCGGCCAGCGAAGCGUUGGUUUCAGGGAACAUCAAUCAGACUCGCCUUAAAUUACUGGCGUCCCUGCUGAAGGCUAUAGAGGAGAGUAAUGGAGGAACUUUGUCACAUCUUGAAGACCCUCAGGAGAGAGAGGACUCGUCACAGCGACUGUCCUCUAACAGCGAUCCUGUCUCUGAGGGUGAUGUUCCUGUUGGACCCUCCCCAGCGUUAGUCCUCCCGUCAGCACUCCUCCCUCCUCCUCGAGCAGCAAAACCUCCAGUGACGCGUGUCAGGCUGGGCAUCAUGGGAAUGACUGAGCAACAUGAGCUCAGUGCUAUUCAGGAGGUGGAGACGACGGUCAACAGCAGCCAGAUCGCAGGACCUGAAGAAAGUACAAGGGUCCCCCCACACAACGUGGACUGGGAUCCACACGAAGAAUCAGAGUCUUCCGUGGCCUCUGACAGAACUCUUCCGACACCGUCUUCAUCCAGCAGUGAGCAGCGGACCGCUGAAAGACGAGCCGCCUCCGGGUCGAGCUCGGAGAGAUCCAGCUAUCUCGUCUGGCGAGAGAGGCUGCUGAUGGGAGCUGGAACGUCUCCAGAAUCCUCAGAGUCCGACUUGGUCCGGAGGAUAAUCUCGCCUCUGUCCUCUGACUCUGGGAGAGGAGCUGACUGCUCCGGUCCUGCAGUCACAGAGUCUGCACACAGGCCUUGUGAUUCAGACUGCCUCUCCUCCACCACCAUCUCCACCGGCAGCUACAUCACCACCGACCCCGAGCAAAUCACCGAUAAAUCUCCUCCCCUCGCACCUUUGGAACAGAGGCGAGCGGCAGUCUCACUCGACGUCUCCUCCCCUUCGUCCGGUCAAAGCUUCAGUGUGGAGGAGAGCUCGGCUGCAGUUCGUCCUGGUGUCAACGUCGAGUCUCUGUUCAAUGAAAGCAGCAUCCAGCAGAUCAUAGACCGAUACACCAGAGAGCUGAACUUCUCCCUCAGCGCCACUGUGAAAACCACAGCUGACGGUCGAGGCUCGUUUGUGGAGGAUCCUGAUGCUUCAGAGAGGAGAGGGGAGGAUGAAACCUCUGCAGUCAGUCCGACUCUUCCAUCCAACACAGCAGAAGCACGGAGGAGUGGUCAGCUGCAGGAAUGGGACGAUACGAUCCGGAAUCAGUUCUCAGGCGAGGACCAAUCACUUCAGGACUCCUUCCGUCCUCUGAUUGGCCAGCUGACAGACCAGUCCUCCUGUCUGGCUGCCGACCACAGGGACUCGGCCAUGGAGCGGCUGGUCGGUCAACCGUCGGCUCACUCGUCUGUGAUUGGUCAGCUACCGGGCGUGCCGGUUCCUCCAGUGAGCCUGGAUCAAGGCGGAUGGGAUUCCACUCUGAGUUGGAUGAUAGGUCGACUCUCCCAUCAGUCCAGCUCUCACUGGCUGAGCGGCGGGCAGGACUUUUACGCGGGUCAGCUGAUGGAGCAGAUGGUGUCGGAGCGCUCGACCUCGUGGUUGGAUGGCGAGCCGGAGGAGAGCCGGAUGAGGCCGCUGGUCGGGCAGCUGGAUGAGUCUGCAGGUCAGCACAGUGGAAGCUCAGGUGACAGAACUCGUGUGGAUCUCGGUGUUGCAACUGAAGCCAGCGUGCCGUCGUACCCAGCGCUGCCUCCUGAAGCCUCGUCACACGGCGCCUCUGUUCCAGAUGUGAAUCCACAUUCACAGGACUGGACUCUGCAGAACCAGACCAGUGGAACAGACCUGGGCCCAGAGAGGACUGAAGUGUUUCCCGGCUCCGACUCAUUCCACCCUCUUCUGGCUGAGGUCACACACAACGAGACCGCAGACGCCUCCAUGAUGUUUCACCCGCCUGAACACAAUGUGCCUGGAUCUCCUGAAGGGCAGCGAGCCGGCAGUGUUUCCACGUCUCCUGAAGCCCACGAUGACGUUUCUGAGUCUGAAUCGUCUCCUGAGCGCCUGAGAGCAGAGCAGCCGUCCAGCUGUGUGACCACUUCCCCCGCCUCAGAUCAGUCGUUGACCCAGCUGGUCACCUCCCAGAACCAUCCUCCUGAUGUGGAGCUAACGGCUCUGAGUCUGUCAAAUCUAAUCCUGAGUGAUGAUGCACCUGCAGAGAGCGUGUCGCAGCCAGAGGAGCCUCUCAGCGAGUCUGAACAGAGUUUAGACCUGAGGACAGACGUUCCCGUGUUGGAGAAGAUGGAAGCUGCCGGUGAGAAGGGAAUCCUGGAGCAGUCAGAAAUAACUUUAGUGAGCCUGACGGACACGACGCUGCAGGACCAAGAGACGACCAUCACUGAUGAAGACGAGCCUCAGGAAGACAAACAUCCAGCCGGAGCGAGGGAGGAAGGACAGGAAGGCAACGAGCCUGAGGGAUCAGAGUCUGCGUUAACGGAUGAGACUCCAGAGGAAAAGGACCAAACACAGCCAGUGACGCUGUUGGAGAUUCAGUGGGUUCCUGACGGAGGCCUGCAGGAGGUUUUCCAGCAGAAGCGCAGAGCUCUGAUCCAGAGAUCAGCACACAGGAUGGAGGAGAUCAAGGCCAAACGAGCUCUUUCCAGGACUCGACCCGAGAGCAGAGAGGAGUCUGAAGACGCUCAACCAGUCAGUCAGUCAAAGACCAAGACAGAGCCGCAACACAAGACCAAGUCCAAGGGAGGACGGGCCGAGCAGAACCGAACCACUGAGACGUCUGGACUCCUCAAGCAGAAGAAGCUCCAGCUGCCUCCUCCAGUAAAAGAUUCCAGACUGAAAAAGGUGGAUGAGAUGAAGAUCUGCACACCAGAGCAAAGAAAACUUGACGUUUCUGAGAUGCACCAGAGAACUCGGAGACUGUACGAGCAGCUGGAGGAGGUGAAGCGUCAGAAAACCAUCAGGAGCCAACAGGAAGCUUCUGCACAAAACCGACUGAAGGCCAAAGAGUUCCACAAGAAAACGUUACAGAAACUUCGUGCCAAGCAGCAGUGAUCGACUGAAUGUGUUCUAGAUCUGUAUAAUUUAAGUUAUUUCUGUAGAGUUUUAUCAAUAAAGCUUUUUAAUUUAUUUAAAUCAA